GAGAGGCCACUUUUCAUUUUCGUUUAAAAAAGAAAAUCAAACUGUUUGUUAACUUAAAACAACGAUGAAAAUAACCCCACCAUCACGGAAAAGGUAUCUGGAUGUUGCAAAAGCGAGGAAAAGAAAGCGCAAGAUGGGGCAGAAGGACGGAGUAGGGGGGCUGGGAGGGGAAAGGCGCAGAGCGCUCUGGCCCGGCGGGCGCCGACAGGAAGCGCAAUCUCAUUUCUUCUCUCCCGGCCCCUUUCUAAAAACGAAAAUCGUUAAGCCACACUUACCCUCCGUGAUGCCUAUCGUAUCAGGACUUUUAAAAUAAAGGACCUGCGUUUUAAAGGCGGCAAAGGGGGAAAAAAUUGUCUCAACUAUCCCAAACGCGUCGGACUGGGGAACAAGCCGAAACGGAGCGGGAUAAAGGCAGAAAAAUCAUCCUGGCAUUUAUGCCAUGAGCACCCUCCCUUCUCCACCCCCGUGCUCCCAUUCCACCCCCACCCCGGCCGCGGUAAUUGAAUUGUCACCUGCCCCCAUCCCGCCCCCAGCCGCCAGGGCUACUUGGGAAUGUCGGCCUUGCCAAGCGCCCCUAGCCAGUGAGAGCGGCGCAGCAGAGCCCGCGCCCCAGAAACCGAAGGGUUACACACGUCUACGUAGAGGCGCACCGGACACGGUAAUUAGGCGCAAUUCACACGCUCUCAGGCACACGGAAACUACUUGUCACGGUAUUUUCAACGCUCCUCCUUGCCCACUUUUUUCCACUCCUUCCCUGGCGCGCCCCCUCCCCUCCCCGAGGCGCUCAGAGAAGCUUUUGGAGUUUCGAAUCUUUCGGACACUGUAGAAUGCGGGGCUCCCCGGACGCGGGCCUGGCCAAUCAGAGCGCCGUUUGCCUCCCCUGGCCAAUGGCAGGCGCCACAUUGUUGUCCAAUUCUGUCUAAUGGAGCCCUAAGGAGCAACAAUAGAGCAGGCGAGCGGCUCAUUGAGAGUCUGGCAGCGCCGGGCAACUGGGGCCCGGCUGUGCGCAGCGUCCGGCGCGCUCAGCGAAGGGACGCGGCGAGGGCCGGGUCGCGGGUUCCAGCCAGUCGAUCCCUAAACGGUCCCCCGGCUCCGAUUUCCGACGGAAGGGUUGAACUGCGCAGCGUUCAGAGGGGGUCCGGAAGUUCGGACAUGGUGACUGAAGGAGGGUGACGUGGUCAGAUCAGGGGACGGGGGCAAGGGGAAGAGGCCGAGAGCACCAGCGUCGCGGGCGGAGCUGGGAGGCGCGCGCAGCGCCCGCGGAGGAGGAUCCCCGAGCCCAAGGCAGGUAGUUGAGGGCCUCAGGGAGGGCGGGGGGACGCGGCCCGGCCUUCCGCCCCUGUUGACGAAGCCCGGGCCACUCUGGCUUUAGGGACUGCGCAGCUCGAGGGGCCUGAGGGAAGAGGCAGCGCUCACUGGAAUGGGGUCCAGAAUUCUUGCGCGGAGACACCAGGACCCGGUCCUGGGCUCAGGCCGGGAACCCGGGACCCAGAGGAGGCCGCGGCGGAAGCUUAAGAGUUGGGCCUUCUUGGGCCUUCAGAGGCCAAGGCGCAGGGGGGACUCCUGUGUUCUCCGAGACCCAGUUCCAGAGGCCACUCCCAACGCCUCGGACCUGCCAGCUUGGGCCAUUCAAGUCCCACGAACCCCAACUCCGAGACCAGAACUUGGGAAAUCUGCUCCCGAGUGGGGUCCCGCGGGGCCCCAGGAUGGGGAGGGCGUGUCUGACGACUGGAUCCCUAAACCAGGAGGGGAGGGGAAGGCUGGGUGAGUGGCUCAGCGAAAAGGCUCACUCUUCUGCAGUGCCUAACUUCUGCAAGAUACUUUUUCCUCCCCGACUACUCCAGACUACAAGGCUAAAAACUUGUAGUUUUUACUCGAUUCCCAGCCCAGCCUAUGCCUGAGGGUUCUUUUUUUCACGCACACACCUCUCUCCCAGACCUCGGUCCCAGACCCCAAUAUCACCUGUUUCUCGCUGUUUUUUUCGCCUCUCAUGCUAAUCUAAGGGGUGGGUUUGCCUAUUGAAAAGAAGUUUCUUGCUCUGAAUUUCCUCUUUAGUCCUCAUUCCCAGGCCUCCUAAACUCAGCUCCACAACCAUUUUCUCUUACUCUCUGGAGGCUCGUACCUUGGAAUUUGGAGCCCCCACAUUCCCACGGGUCCCUGGGCCCCUGGGCCUAAUUUUGACCCUGAGUUUGUUUCCUCGCCUUCACUCCACUUCCUAGAGCUUUUUUUUUUUUUUUUUUUUCCCUAUUCUUGAUUUUUUUCUCUCUCAUUCACCUCUCACCAGAGAAAACUGUUCCAGCCCCACCAGCUGAUCUCCAUGCUUUAGUACCUCCCUCCUCCUCACCCUUCUACAAAACCGAACGUUUCGCUCCGGAUUUCCCUGUUUUGGUCUUGGCAUCAGUCUAAUUGUUGGGUCAAAUUUUUCUCUAAUCCGAGUCCCAUCAAACAUUCUUCUCUACCCGACUAACCUCAGUUAUGCUAAAGUUUGGGGGUAUUUUUUUUUUUUUAAAGAACCCACGUUACACUCAUCUGAACCAGUGUCAAACUUUUUUCUCCAGCGGAACCACUGAUUCAAAUGAAAUCUACACACAGUGCAUAAAUGAGUUAUAAGAAGAACUCUGAAGGGAGUGGGGUGAAGGAGCUGGGCAUUUACAAGGAGGCUCCAAAGCAACUCCUCCCAGCAAUUUGGUAACUGUUAGCCAAACUCUCCGCUGCCGAAAUGCCCCUCUCUAAACCUGGAUUCCUCAAGGGUGCGCUUUAGCUUAGUGCAUCAUGCGCUCCUCACCGCAAGUUUCUCCUCUCUUCCCACGGUCUUCCACGCCAGGUCCUGCCAUGGAGCUGCGCUCUGAGUUGCCCAGCGUACCCGGCGCGGCGACGGCGGCGGCGACAGCGACGGGGCCGCCCGUGGCUUCGGUGGCGUCGGUGGCAGCGGCGGCGGCGGCGGCCGCUUCGCUACCCGUGAGCGUGGCGGGCGGCUUGCUACGGGCGCCGCCGCUGCUGUUGCGGGCUGCGGAGAAGUACCCGCGGACGCCCAAAUGCGCGCGCUGCCGCAACCACGGCGUGGUGUCUGCGCUCAAGGGCCACAAGCGGUACUGCCGCUGGAAGGACUGCCUGUGCGCCAAGUGCACGCUCAUCGCCGAGCGCCAGCGCGUCAUGGCGGCGCAGGUGGCGCUGCGCAGGCAACAGGCGCAGGAAGAGAACGAGGCGCGCGAGUUACAGCUGCUCUACGGCACUGCCGAGGGCCUGGCGCUGGCCGCCGCCAAUGGCAUCAUCCCGCCGCGACCGGCCUACGAGGUCUUUGGCUCUGUGUGCGCAGCCGACGGCGGGGGGCCGGGAGCAGGAGCGCCCGCGGGGACCGGGGGCGGCGCCGCGGGCGCGGGGAGCUCAGAGGCCAAGUUACAGAAGUUUGACUUGUUCCCCAAGACGCUGCUUCAGGCAGGCCGCCCAGGCAGCCCGCAGCCGCAGCCGGGAAAGCCCUUAUCACCCGACGGCGCGGACUCGGGUCCUGGGACAUCGUCCCCAGAGGUGCGGCCAGGCUCGGGCUCGGAGAACGGCGACGGCGAGUCCUUUUCGGGGUCACCCCUGGCCCGGGCCUCCAAGGAGGCAGGUGGCAGCUGCCCAGGCAGUGCUGGCCCCGGAGGUGGCGGCGAGGAGGACAGCCCGGGAUCCGCCAGCCCUUUGGGUUCAGAAUCCGGUUCUGAGGCCGACAAAGAAGAGGCGGAGGCUUCGCCUGCGCCAGGGCUGGGCGGGGGCCCGGGUCCACGGCAGCGGACGCCGUUGGACAUCUUGACGCGCGUCUUCCCGGGCCACAGGCGGGGCGUCCUGGAGCUGGUGUUGCAGGGCUGCGGCGGCGACGUGGUGCAGGCCAUCGAGCAGGUGCUCAACCACCACCGCGGGGGCCUGGCGGCCGGCCUCGGCCCCACCGUGCCCCCAGACAAGGCCGCAGUGGGGGCGGUAGGCUCCGCGGACGACGCGUGGCCAGGCCGCGUGGACGCCGCGGCCGCCGGGGGCCCGGGGCUCCCCGCGCCGCUGCAGGCGGGCCCCGCUGCACCUCCUCACCACAGACCUUUGCUGGCCGGUGCCAUGGCGCCUGGGGCUCUGGGCUCGUUGAGCAGCCGCUCGGCCUUCUCGCCACUGCAGCCCAACGCCAGUCACUUCGGCGCCGACGCCGGCGCCUACCCGCUGGGCGCGCCGCUCGGCCUCAGCCCCCUGCGCCUGGCCUACUCGGCGGCGGCGGCGCACAGCCGCGGCCUGGCCUUCAUGGCUCCCUACUCCACCGCUGGCCUGGUGCCCACCCUUGGCUUCCGGCCGCCCAUGGACUACGCCUUCAGCGAUCUCAUGCGCGACCGCUCGGCCGCCGCCGCUGCUGUGCACAAGGAGCCGACCUACGGCGGCGGCCUGUACGGGCCCAUGGUCAACGGCGCCCCUGAGAAGCAGUAGGGCUAGCAGCCCCGAGCCUGUCGGCCCCCAAACAGGGACUCCAGCCUGGUUCCCGCAGGCCGCCGGCCAGGCCUCGCUUGGUGCGCUCUCUGCGCCCCGGCCGGGGUCCUCUCGCUCCAUGGUGGUUUUCAGUUUUGUUUUGGACAGUGGGUGGGGAGAGCCGAGCAGAGAGGAGCAGCUUCGGGUGCAAAUGUUCUCGGAGGGGAUGCGCCGCCCAGAUCCUCGACCCCGACCUCCUCAUCAAGGCUCCCCAGCCCUUCGAAAGGCCAGGAAUUCUUGAGAAUUCAGAGGCUGCAGCCGCCGGGCCAGCUCCUGCCUCUCCUGUCUCUAUGCUUGUCCCACCUGCCCACGCUCGCAAAUGGAUGGCAGGAUAGUCUGUCUUAUGUGUCUCCCCUUUCCUUAAAAAAGUUUAAAUAUUCUAACAAAUAUAAAUUUAGGAUGUAUAAAUCUCUUGGCACUGAGUUGAGUCUUUGGGACACACAUAUAUAUCGAUACCAAUUGUAAAAAAAAAAAAAGGAAACAAAUUCUAAGGUGCACUUUCGUCGUUGCGGUAUUUGUCGCUCUCUUUGUUGCUUAUGCCGAUAAGCAUGGGUUUCCUUGGUGCAGUGUGAGUUUUUAUAUAUGUAUAAAUCUAUAUAUAAACUAUACAUAUAUAUACAAGCCAGUGUAUAAUGUUAUAAAAUGGAAUUCUAAGUUAUUAAUUGUAAUCUGUAGGUGACCUCGGUAUUAACGUGAAAAAUAUUCAAAAACAAGCAAAAAAAAAGGACAAAACGGAAAAAAUUAGACUAUGCGCGCUUUGUACUUAUCAGGUUUUAUAGAUGAAAUAUAUCGUAAACUCGAGACGAAUCCUGCCCACCCGCCCCUCUUGCCUGCGGCCGGUCUCUCCCUAAGGAACGGUGAAGGUGCGCACGAAAGCAGGAACGGAGUGACGUGUGACUGAGCCAGAGCCGCCCGCUGGAGCCCAUCCCCGCCUCCCCGGACUCGCCAAACACCUCGGCCGAAGGGCCGGCAGCGGGAAACCCUGCUGCAGAGAAUGGCUCACAUUGUGCUUUCCUUUGCAUAGACAUGAGCUAGAAAUAAAUGUUAUUUUCUAAGAAAAGA